AUGAGUGGGCUGGACGUAGAGAGAGAUGCGAUCGUAUUGUCGACAAACGACAUCUGGCAUGAUCAAGGAGAAAAAGGGAUAAAUUGGGGGUUUUUGGGAUUUGAAAAAAAAAACGGAGAAAAACAAGCGGAUAUGAGCGUAGAAGGAAAUGAAAAACAAGGAAAAGUAGGAAAUACAGAUAGAUGUCGAACAGUGUCACAACGGGCGGUGCCGGCAUCGGCAAUUAUCUUUCAUCAGGCAAAAAAACAGUUUGCAGCUCUUAAACUUGAAAACAAAUCAUCGCCGAUAUCGGGAGUAAAAACAGGGACAGAUGUAAGAAUAGCGGUUAAACCGAUGGGUAUAGAGCCGAUGCAAGGGUAUCCGACUUUUCAGAACAAGAUUCCUAUAUUAAAGAUAUCACCAUCACUUAAUACAGUGAUUACACCGAAAUACGCUGAUGGCAGAGUAAUUAGGGCUAAAGUCCCUAUGAAAGUAACGGCACAUGGGGGAAAAACGUAUGCACCAGACUCUCCCAAAAAAACGGGCACAAAUGGUGCAGUGAUCAAGGUACCACGAUCAUCUAACCUAACAGGAGUACGUGUUAAAACAACGCAAUCACCACUACAGCAGAAGCAUGGUCUUUCUCAAAACGUUACAUCACCUAGCAAAGGGGCGGUUAGAACUGUAAACACACCGGUGACACUACGGACGAAACCAUGUGUAUCAUACGUUUCUUCAAAUGUUGCAUCAUCGGCUUCUUCAACACAUCCAAAGUCAGAAACGAGAGCAGGGGCUCAGAAAGAGACUGAAAAGAAACGAACUGGCGCAAUUAAAGUAAUUUCCGUUAAUGCUCUUAAUGCACGUCAACCAAAAACUGUUUCUACCGAAAAUGUUCCAAAUAAGCCUCUUAGGCUUGCACCUUCGAUAUCAAGAGCAAAUCCUACUCGAAAAACAGAACAACAUUCGUCUUCAAAUAUCAAAUCAUCACCCAUUAAACCCUUUACAAGUGUAACCAAUUUAGUAUCUAAUGAAAAAUUUGGGAAACCAGUAUCUUUUGUAGCCUCUAGUGUAAACCAAGGGAAUAGUUACACAAAGAGAAUAUAG